ACCCGACCCCAGUCCAGCCUAAACCCCACUUUGUGACGCUUUUUGUUUGUCGUUUACUUGGUCGCGAUGCUGUACGAAUUGAUUGCUAUCGUCCGUCCGGGCAGUCUGAACGAGGUUCGAGACAUCGCCCGUAAUACUGGCACCCUCGUCCUGCGCUCCGGCGGCGUAAUCCGCGGAUUCACCAACUGGGGCGUCUUCCGUCUGCCCAGAACCACAACGAAACACCAAGCCCGUUAUACUGACGGCCACCACUUCAUUAUGCGCUUCGAUGCCGCCUCGCCCGUGCAGCUGGGUAUCCGCCGAACCCUCGCGCUCGACCCCCGAAUGAUCCGCUUCUCGGUCAUCAAGCUCGGCGACAAGUUGCAAGAGGUCAAGGAUGUCAGCGGGAAGGUUGAAUGGAACGACGUGCGCAGUUUAUCGAACUCGAUCUAAGAGUAUAAUCCUUUGACGACGAUGGAGGAGCUGGGGUUUGUUAUGAUAUAAAGGCUGGCCGACCUACGGGUAUGGGGCUCGGAUGUUGAUAUUGGAUUCACUGUUGGGACGGAAAAUAUGGAUUGAUCACCUUGUACAUUAUCGACGGCAUUAUCGGCGCAUAUGAUCUUUGUGUUUUGCUUUUUUAGAUGGGUUGAUAAUAUGUCAGGCCAUGCCUCGACUUUUUUUGCUUGAUGCCACGUGACUAGGCCAUAAAGCAAGACAAUAAAGAAUUGUUCACGACUCAGG